AUGCAGUGUUAUCUUCCGGAAAAACUUGUACUCUCGGGAAAUUUGGACGAGAAAUGGAGGGCUUUCAAGCAAGGGCUUGAAAUAUAUUUACUAGCUGCGGACUUGGAGAAAAUACCAGACGCAAGAAAGGUAGCUAUAUUGUUGAAUUUAGUGGGAGAAGAAGGUAUAAAAAUUUAUAAUAAUUUCAACUUGAAAAAUGAAGAGAAAACUUAUGUUAGAAUAUUACAAGAAUUCGAAGCAUAUUGUGAGCCUAAGAAGAAUAAGUUGUAUUGUAGAUUCUUAUUUUAUCAAAGGUGUCAGUCUGAAGGUGAGCCAUUUGUUAAUUUCCUGACGGAUAUAAAUAAAUUAGUGAAAGACUGUGGAUUUCAAUCUGAACAAGAAGCAAUACGCGAUAGAUUAGUUUUGGGCACGUCAGAUUUAAAAUGUCAAAGGAAAUUGUUGGUAGAAGGAGACAUGGAAUUAGAAGAAGUCAUAAAAAGAUUGAGAAUAUCAGAGAUGGAUAAGAGGCAAGUGGAGGAGAUCCAGAAAAAAGAUAACCAUGUGGAUCAGGUAUUGCAAAAACAUCACAGUGAAAGGACAAUCAACUGUAAAUGGUGUGGUCAAAUACAUGUGGCAAAAAUGGAAAAGUGUCCAGCAAGAGGAAAGGAAUGUUCCAGAUGCAAGAAACUUAACCAUUUUGGAUCUGUUUGUCGUACGAGAUUGAAGCAGAAUGUAAAAGCUGUAGAAAAACAGGAGCCACAAGGCUCUGAAGGAGAGUACUACUGUGGGGUCCGGGAGAUUUCCUAAGAGGUAUGGAAUUAAAUUGAAACCAGGAUCUGAAGCUGUAUCUAAACCUCCACAUAGAGUACCUAUAAAAUUAAAAGAGAAGCUAAAAGUAGAGUUAGAUCGCUUAUGUAACCAGGGAAUAAUUAAGAAACAAGAGGAACCCACAGAGUGGAUAAAUAGAAUUGUAAUAGUAGAAAAAGAUGAAGAUUCUAUACGUAUAUGUUUAGAUCCUAAGUCCUUAAAUAAAUGUAUACUAAAAAAAUAUUAUCAGAUUCCU